UCCGAGAUCAUUCUUCGUGUGAAACAAUCCGUGACAAGUCAGUAAUUCGUCUCAAGUCAGCAAACACAUGUCUUCUGUUCAACAACUCGUCACCUUUGCUUUAGACAAUUUUAUUAUUUCAUUGUACAAAAAGUACCUUUGAUUAUUGAAAGUCUUGAAGGCUGAUAAAAGAUCAAUUUGAUAGAUUGAAUGAUUUCAUUUCAAUAAUACGCAAUUGCGUAUGGAGAGAAGAGGAGAGUUACGCUAUUGACAGGUGUCUUCAACCUUAAUAUAUAUUUUUUUUUUCGUAUGUUGAUGAGAAAUAACGGCUUACCAAAGUGAAAUUUCUUAUAAUGUCGCGUCCUUCUCUCACAUGAGGCGAGGGCAUAUAAGGUGGGAUUCUGUGGCAUCAGCUUCAUCAGUACCAAACGUAUAACCGCAUCAGUGAGUUUGAGGAUCGCAUCAAUAUGAGACUCAUUUUGAUAAUUGUCACUAUGACCCUGUUGGUCAGCAUCAAUUGCAAUGAAGAUGCAGCACCGACAACAGAAAGCACACCAAUCAAAUUAGAGAAAGGAACUGACAACGAUACAUCAGUAGAAACGAAUGCUGAGAUGGAACUGAAUAAAUUAAAACAAGUUGAUACUGAUGAGGUUGGAGAUUUACCAAUUUUACCACCAUUGAUACUUCUUGAUUUUGCUGGUGAUUCAGAUAAUUCAUCAUCUACAGAUGGAAAAUCUAAACGUACUGUCAACAAUGGUCUUGGCUAUGGUUAUUUAAGAAAUAAUUUAUUUUCUGGAAAAACAAAUUUAUAUUUUCCUGGUAGUAAAAGUGGAACAACAGUUAGUAUUGAAGAAUCAAUAAGUCCAUUUGCACCAAAAACAAUAAUUGAAUCAUAUAAGCCAAUAACUGAACGACCAGAUGAAACACCAAUUAAAACAACUCCAAAUUAUAAACAAAAUUUACGAACUACAAAUGCUGCAUCACAAUCACAUGUUAAUAAUAAUAACAAUAACAAUAAUAAUAAUAAUUUUGCAACAUCAAACCAAGCCGUUUUUGGUCAACGUACAAAAUUACUCAAGGCAUCGCCCACUGAUUAUUCAUUUCAAUCAUAUUCAACGACCCCAAAGAGUAACAUUGCUUCCUAUACAACAACUAGGCCAAAUUACAGAGGUGUUAAUAAAAAUGUAAAUACCUACACAACUGCACAACCAAACUAUCAAGAUGUUUAUUCAAAUAAUAGACAAACUUUCACAACAAUACGACCAAAUUAUGAUACUUAUUCAACAACACCAACACCAACACAAGCAUCAACACAUGAUACAAGAUAUACAGUUGCAAAUUUUAAUCAACAAAGACAAAAUUAUGAUGUAUCAUCAUCAACACCAAGAACAUUACCAUUUGAUCCAUCUGUAUUUAAUUUACCACGUUUUGUUGUUGAAAAUGGUAUUAAAUAUGAAAAUAAAAUAGUUUGGAAAUAUCCUGAUGGAAGAAUUGUAACACCAACAACAUCACCAUUUGUUGAUUAUGCAAAUCAACCAAAAAUUAAUUCAUACAAUAAUUAUCAAACUGUGACAUAUCAAAAUCCAAUUAGUCAACAACAACAACAACAAACUCAAGAUAAUCGUUAUACUCAAGAUGUUUAUAAUAAUCAAAAUAUUGUUUAUCAAAAUCAAUAUCAAGAUUCACCAUCACCAGCACGUUAUCCACAAGAGCCAACAGUAAAUAAUAUUUACUCUCAAAGACCUGCACAAUUUCCAACGGAUGCUGAACCAGCUCAACCAUCACGUCCAAGUGAAUUUGUAUCUGUUGCUGGUAAAAGCUCAGCAGUAUCAUCAGCAUCAUCAUCAUCACAGUCUCAAGCUCAAAAUUAUGACUUUUCAUAUCAAACUAAAUAUGGAUUAAGACCACGUGAAAAAGAUAAUAAUGAAGCAACAAGAUACGAUCAAAGACUAAAAUAUGCUAAUAAUCAAAAUACUGAAUAUGUUUAUUCAACAGAAACACCACCACAACCAACAACACCAUCAUCAACAAAUUUAUUUACAACUCAGGGUCAAUUAUCACCAACAAUAUUAUCAAAAUAUACACCACAAGCACAAAAAUAUUUAACAAAAGUAUUUGAAAAUAAUCAAGAAGCAACAACAGAACAAUAUAAUCCUCAUUUAGCACAAGCUGAACAAUAUAAUACACAACCAGUACAAUUGGAACAAUAUAAUUUACAACCAGGACAAUUUGAACAAUAUAAUUCACAACCAGGACAAUUUGAACAAUAUAAUUCACAACCAGCACCAUUAAAACAAUAUACAAAUUCACAAUAUGCAAAUACAAAUUAUGAAAAUUUAUUAAAUUAUAAUCCAUCAAUAUCACAGUAUAUUAGAGAUCCAUCAUCAAUAUUAAAUGCUCAACCAACAUUUAUACAAACUGGAAAAUCAUUGAUACCAGUUAUUAUAUUGAGAGUUGAUGGUGUAUCACCAGUACAACAAAAAGUAACACCCAAUAUUAAUUUAAAAGCUUUGUUACAACAGUAUUUAAGUGAUUAUGCAACUAGUAAAGCUGCAUUAAGUCAAAAUAGUAAUUAUCAAUAUGCUAAUCAAAUUACAGAAAAAACAAUUAAUCAAAGUCCAAUAAAUGAAUUGACACAAUUAACACAAGUAUUAAGUCGUUUAUCACCAACUUAUGAUCAAGAUUCAAUUGCAAGUAAAAAAUUAGCUCAACAUCCACUUGAUUAUACACCAAGGCCAUCUUAUCCAGAUUUUUAUGAUGAAGAAGAUAAAAAUAUUAAAAAAACAACAUUUGAUGAUUCAAGAAAUAAAUUUGGAACAAGAACAGUUAAUAAAUUACAAAAAGUCAAGAGUGUACAAAUUAUUGAAGAUCCACGUUUUCCAAAUUUAAAAAAAACAAAAUAAAUUAUAUAAUAUACUUGUUUCUUUUCAAGUAUAUAAUUUUAUGAAAAUUAAUUUUUUGUACCUCAUUGAAUUUUUUUUUUUUUUAUACAACAGUUUAUAAUAAUAAUUAUUAUUAUUUUUUCAUUAUCUGUCAAUUUUUUUAAUUUGUUAAAGUAAUUAUUACAACACUUGCCAGAUGAAUAUUUUUCAUUUUUUUAAUUUGGGAAUGUGCAAUAUCCUGUUUUAACAUUUUAUUUU